CAACAGCCGGCCCUCAUGUGUGUCCCUCCAGCCUCCAAAGCAUCGCGUGGAGGGGACGCAGACGGGCUGAAGACCCCCCAUCAGCCAAGCGUCUCAUUGCAUCUCCAUAGGGCUGCGCAGGGUGGGGUCGAGUCUCUCGGCCAGUUUCCGGCGUCCAGCCCCUCACCGCCCCCCACAAAGACACCAGGUGAGCACCUGCGCAUCUGCUCCCAGGGCUACACUUGCUGCACCAGCGAGAUGGAGGAGAACCUGGCCAACCGUAGCCGUGCUGAGCUGGAGACCGCACUCCUGGACAGCGGCCGCGCCCUGCAGGCCACCCUGGCUUCCCAGCUACGGGGCUUUGAUGGUCACUUCCAGCUCCUGCUCAACGACUCGGAGCGGGCGCUCCAGGAUGCCUUCCCCAGCGCCUACGGCGAGCUGUACACACAGAGCGCCAAGGCCUUCCGGGACCUGUACGCAGAGCUGCGCCUCUACUACCGCGGUGCCAACCUGCAGCUGGAGGACACGCUGGCCGAGUUCUGGGCCCGCCUGCUCGAGCGCCUGUUCAGGCAGCCACACCCGCAGCGGCUGCUGCCCGACGACUACCUGGACUGCCUGGGCAAGCAGGCCGAGGCACUGCGGCCCUUCGGGGACGCCCCACGUGAGCUGCGCCUGCGCGCUACCCGCGCCUUCGUGGCCGCUCGCGCCUUCGUGCAAGGCCUGGGCGUGGCUGGCGACGUGGUCCGGAAGGUGGCCCAGGUGCCCCUGGGCCCCGAGUGCUCGCGGGCCGUCAUGAAGCUGGUGUACUGUGCGCAUUGCCUGGGGGUCCCCAGCGCCCGGCCCUGCCCGGACUACUGCCGCAACGUGUUCAAGGGCUGCCUGGCCAACCAGGCCGACCUGGACGCCGAGUGGAGGAACCUUCUGGACUCCAUGGUGGUCAUCACUGACAAGUUCUGGGGCCCAUCCGGCGCCGAGAGUGUCAUCGGCAACGUGCACGUGUGGUUGGCGGAGGCCAUCAACGCCCUCCAGGACAACAGGGACACACUCACAGCCAAGGUCAUCCAGAGCUGCGGGAACCCCAAGGUGAACCCUCAGGGCCCCGGGCCUGAGGAUAAGCGGCACCAAGGCAAGCUGGUCCUUCAGGAGAAGCCUCCCACAGGCACAUUGGAGAGGCUGGUCUCCGAGGCCAAAGCCCAGCUCCGUGACGCCCAGGACUUCUGGAUCAGUCUACCGGGGACACUGUGCAGCGAGAAGAUGGCCAUGAGCGCCGCCAGCGAUGACCGCUGCUGGAACGGGAUGGCCAAGGGCCGGUACCUCCCCGAGGUGAUGGGCGACGGCCUGGCCAACCAGAUCAACAACCCCGAGGUGGAGGUGGACAUCACCAAGCCCGACAUGACCAUCCGCCAGCAGAUCAUGCAGCUGAAGAUCAUGACCAACCGGCUGCGAAGUGCCUACAACGGGGAGGACUCCGACUUCCAGGACGCCAGUGACGAUGGCAGCGGCUCAGGCAGCGGCGAUGGCUGCCCUGAGGACAUCUGCGGCCGGAGAACCGACAGGAAGAGCUCCAGCUCCCGGACGCCGCUGACCCACGCCCUCCCCGGCUUGUCGGAGCAGGAGGGACACAAGACCUCCCGCGCCGCCCGCUGCCCCCAGCCCCGCACAGCCCUCCUCCUGCUGCUCGUCCUCGCUCUGGUCCUCUCAGCGGCCAGGCCCCGGUGGCGGUAACCAUCCCCGGCCCCAGGGACUCGGCCAAGGACUGACCUUGCCAAAGGUGAAACGGACGAUAUUGAAUUCCCCUCGGCCUAGAGGCCCCCGGGCAGGGCAGGGAGGGACAGUGCAAGACCGCUGCUCUGUGACCGCGCUGGGGGUGGGCGCGUGGCGCUGGCCCCCCAGGCCUGGCCUUGCCCGUCACCCUGGCUCUUAAUUUUGUAUGAGGCCCUCAGGUCAGCCGGGAAUAAUGUCCCCAAAAGCCAUGUAUUUCAGGGACCUUGGGGAUGCCAGUGGCCGCCUCCUGCCCGCCCGCCCGCCCCUCACCCCAGCUCCCGGCACCGUCACAGCAGCAGUGCCUGGGAGGCGCCCUGCAGGGAGGCGCCCCGAGCAGCGUCCCGCUGGAGAGCACGCGCGUGCCUAUGCCUUCCUCUCCUGCCGCUUCCCACCGAGAACUAGGGGCUCCCACUCAGCGCCCCGAGAAUCCCUGAGAGGGUGUCGGGGUCUCUGCCAUCCAGGGUCUCACAGGGCCUUUGAGAUUAUGCAUGAACCCUUCACAUGCAGCCAGGCCCCCCACCCUGUGAUGCUGCCGGCCCCCAGAGCACCUGUGUCGGGGUGAGCGCCGGUCUGGCACGCUGGGCCCUCCGGACCUUGCCAAAGACCAGCAGUGAGGGGCCUGGACGCGCGAGAAGCUGCCGCCGGCACGUACACCCGCUGGGCUCUGCCCUCAGCUGCCUGGGGUGGCACCGCUGCUUCUAGCCAGCCCAGGAGAGCAGGCCCGGGCGUCCCCUUCACACACAGGGCCGGGUCCCAGCUCAGGAUGACGCAGGCCAGGGCUGGUGGUGACCCACGGCUGUCACCUGGCCACAGCGAUGCUGGGCGGCUGAGGAAACUUCAGCUCGGGGCCAGCAAAUCCUGGGACCGCAAGCCAGAGGGCUGCCUGGUCCCUUCGUCGACCCCGCCUGCUGCAGGGAGCCAGGGGAGCUCUGACAGUUAAGGGCUUUUCCAGACGUGCAGACAUUCACCAAUGCUUCUCAUCCUUGCUGGCUGAGAGCCGCUUCCUCCGCUCCUCCCAAACGGCCUGAGAGGGACCUGGGCCCCAGCUGCUGCUGGCCCUGGGGGGGGGGGGCCCAGGUCGGGACGGCGUUCCUAACCAGCACUGGGCCCCUGAGAAGGCCGUUUGGCGCCGCUCUGGCUCUCGUGGGGUGGGGGAGGCCUCCGGCCACCGGCCAGGGCCCCUGGCAUGGCCCUCGCAUGUGUGGCUCCUGGGCCCCCGGCCUGUGCCCCACCAGGCAGCCCAGUCCCCCAGGUACACCCCACAACGGCCCUGCUAGUGUCGGGGUGGGGGCUGAGCCGGGGCCCCUUUCCCUGCAUGUGAGGGCCGGCUGGACUCUCAGGGACCCUGGGGUGUGACUGUCUGUGCCAGGACGGCAGCACUUGCGCUGCUCAGGGAUGGCCCCAAGGGGGCCUGUGCUCUGGCCCCGCCCUCAUGCGUUCCUGCCAGGGGCGGCCCUGCCAGUCAGCGAACAGGCGGCGGCCAGGCCUGCUGUGUCCUGCCGCCCGGGGUCAGCAGGCGACGUGUGUUCUUUGAGUCCUUGUAUGAAUAAAAGGCUGGAAACUUCA